UUCUGAUUGUGGGGUGCCUCCUUCUAGGACUGGGCUGAAUUCUAGGAGUCCCAGCUGCUAACAUCUGGGGGCAGAAUCAUGUCUGCUAACAAAGGCUGGUGGGUGCCACCCAAAGGUGAAGACAGCGUGUCUGAGAAGUUCCUGAGGAAGACCAGGGAGUCUCCACUGGUGCCUAUAGGCUUAGGAGGCUGCCUAGUGGUGGCAGCAUACAGGAUUUACCGGCUGAAGGCUCGUGGUUCCACCAAGAUGUCCAUACACCUGAUUCACACCCGAGUGGCAGCGCAGGCCUGUGCUGUGGGUGCAAUCAUGCUAGGUGCUGUGUAUACAAUGUACAGAGACUACGUCAAGAGAACAGCACAGGAUGCAGGGGAGAAGUAG